GGGAGCAUCGCAUUUCUAAAUGGAGUUGGCUAUCUUAGCAAAGUGUUUAUUGUUGGGUCUUGUAAUCCUAUGGAUUCAAAUCCAUGGAAACAAAGGUUGUUUUGAAACAGAGAGAUUGGCACUCUUAGAUUUCAAGGAAUUUGUUGGGUCAAAUGGGUUAGAUGUAGACUAUCUUCUUUCUUCAUGGGUUGAUAAUUCAAUGAGUGAUUGUUGUAAAUGGGAGCGUGUCAUGUGCAAUUCCACCACAGGUCACGUGACUGAGCUCUCUCUCAACAAUACACGACAAUAUGACAUAGAGAGGAUUUCGUUUUAUGAUGAUAAAAAUAUUUGGUUUGUAAAAUUUUCAAUGUUCCAGCAGCUGAAAGAGCUCAGAAGUCUUAAUUUAUCAUACAAUAGAAUUGGUGGUUUCAUUGAUGACACAAAUUUUGAAACAUUAUCAGAAUUGAAGAAGUUAGAAGUCUUAGAUCUUAGCACUAAUUAUUUCAAUAAUAGUAUCUUAUCACCAUUGAGUAAUCUUACAUCACUUAAGACUUUGAUUCUUAGUGACAAUAUCAUGGAAGGUUCCUUUCCUAGCAAAGGUUUUGAAAGAUUAGAGGAGUUGGACAUCAGUUAUAAUGGGUUCAAUAAUAGUAUGUUAUCAUCAUUGGGUGCUCUUACAUCACUUAAGACUUUGAUUCUUAGAGAUAAUAACAUGGAAGGUAUAUUCCCCAUCCAAGAAUUAAUUAGUGACCUGAAGAAUUUGGAAUCCUUGGAUGUAAGUUUGAAUAGAUUCCAUAGCACCCUACCAUUUCAAGAUUUCAAAAGCAAUUUCUCAAAGGUUAGCAAAUUGAAGUAUUUGGAUAUGCAUUGGAAUUACUUCAACAAUGGUAUAUUGAGCUUCUCAAGCAUAUUUCCUUCCGUUGAGACACUAGACUUGUCUUUUAAUAAUUUGGAAGGGCCACUUUCAUACAAAGACCUUGUUAAACUGAAAAAUUUGACGGUGCUCAGUUUAAGGGGAAACAACUUGAACGGAACUCUGCCAUUGCAAAGUUUUAAAAGAUUAGAGGAGUUGGAUAUCAGUCGUAAUAGAUUCAAUACCUUUCCUAUCCAAGAAUUAAGUAAUUUGAAGAACUUGAAAUCCUUGGAUGUAAGUUGGAAUAGAUUCAAUAGCACCCUACCAUUUCAAGAAUUAUCAACUUUCAAAAGUUUAGAGAUUUUGAAUUUAAUGGGAAAUGAAUUUACUGGAAGUAUUCCUGAAUAUAUGUGGACUCCACCUUCCCUCAAAGUAUUAUCUUUAUACCGCAACAAACUCAAUGGCUCUUUACAAAAUCAAAGUUUGUGUGGCUUGAAGGGUCUUCAAGAGUUAGACCUUGGCCAUAACGAAUUUGGGGGUAGUCUUCCUCAAUGCCUUGACAAUUUGACAUCUCUCACAUUCUUAGAUCUGUCUGGAAACCAAUUAACAGGGCACAUUCCUUCAUCUUGGCCAGCUAACCUCAAAUUUAUUGAUCUUAGCUAUAAUCGUUUUGAAGGCAUAUUCUCAGUCAAAAACAUUCCUUCAUCUUCGCCAGCUAACUUCAAGUCCUCCCUCAAAUUUAUUGAUCUUAGCAAUAAUCUUUUUGAGGGCUUAUUCUCAUUCAAUUUAUUGGCUAAUUAUUCCAGCCUUGAGGCACUUAUAUUAAGCGGCAACAACAUUACGUUUGAGACUGGUUGGAUUCCUUCAUUUCAGUUAAAGGUUCUUAUAAUGCAAAGUUGUGGCCUCGACAGCAUUCCUGAGUUUCUCUUUCACCAAUUCAAAUUGGAAGCACUUGACUUGUCACACAACAAAGUAAAAGGAAGGAUUCCUAAUUGGUUGCUUGAGAACAAUGGAGGACUUCAGACCCUAAAUCUUGAGAAUAAUUCUUUCAAUGGGCAGCUUCAAGAAAUUGGCACAAAGAUGCUUCCGAACAUGAGAUAUCUUAAUUUAGCCAGAAAUUAUUUUCAAGGUGAUUUUCUUUUUGCUGUUGGCGAUGACUGUAAAUUGAUGGCUUUAGAUUUGUCUCAUAACAACUUCUCAGGGGAAGUACCGAAGGAACUGCUUUCAAGUUGCAUAUUCUUGACACAUCUAAGGCUAUCUUAUAAUAACUUCCACGGUCAAAUAAUGGUAUUUAACAUCACUCGAUUUGAUUAUCUGCAAUUGAAUGACAACCAAUUUGAGGGAACUCUGGCAAGCUUACUCCCCAAUUUUAGUCACCAAAUGCGUGGCCCAAGGAUUCAAUGGUUAGAUUUGAGCAACAACCGAUUGCAUGGUGAGAUUCCACACUGGAUGGGUAACUUCACAUAUCUAUAUUACAUCAAUUUACAUAAUAAUUUUUUUAAAGGUCAUAUUUCAAGGGAACUUCUUUCAAUCGAGAACCUAGACCUUUCUCACAACUAUUUUUCUGGGCCAUUACCUUCUUUCUUCCAUGGAAAUUAUUUAGAACAAAUAAAUUUGCAAGGUAACAGAUUCAUUGGUUCAAUACCAGAAGCUUUGCUCAAUAUUUCGACACUGAAGGUAUUAGACUUGAGCAAUAACGAGUUGUCAGGCACCAUUCCUAAUAACACUGGUGAGUUUCAAAAUGACUUGAGAGUUCUUUUAUUAGGAGAAAAUCAUUUAAGUGGCCUCAUUCCAAAUUGGUUGUGUCAGUUGAAUGACAUCAACUUAUUAGAUCUAUCAAGAAACUCCUUUUCUGGGUCCAUACCCCACUGCUUACAUAAUCUCUCCUUUGGAAGGGAAAAAGGAAGUUUCUCAACUUUGUCUUUGAUCUCAAACAAGGUUCCCAGUUCACUUUUUAGAAGCAUGGAAGGAUUUUCGUCCUUUGAUACUUUCGAUUUUCAUUUCGACAAUGAGGAAGAAAUUGAGUUUUUUACAAAAUAUAGAACUAGCACGUAUAAGAAUAAGGCUCUCAACUACAUGUCUGGAUUAGAUUUGUCAGCUAAUAGCCUAACAGGUGAAAUCCCAUUUAAGCUAGGAGAGUUGUACCAAAUUCAUGCAUUAAACCUAUCACACAAUCAAUUGAUAGGAUCCAUCCCGAGAUCUUUCUCGAAUUUAUCACAAAUAGAAAGUUUAGACCUCUCUUAUAAUAAUUUAAGUGGAGAGAUUCCUUCAAAAUUGAUAGAUCUAAACUUUCUAGAAGUAUUUAGCGUGGCUCACAACAACUUAUCAGGCAAAAUUCCAGACAUGAAAGGACAGUUCAGUACAUUCGAGAGUAACAGCUAUGAAGGGAACCCAUUUCUUUGUGGACCUCAAGUGGAAAGAAAAUGCAAUGAUAAUAAUGUUGAAUCACCUUCGUCACAAGUGGAGUCACGACAUGAAGUAAGUGGGAAAUGGUAUGAAAUUGAUCGUGGGGCUUUCUUAGUAUGUUUUUCAGUAACUUUUAUCAUAUUCUUUUUGGCAGCCAUCACCUUUCUUUAUAUUCUUCCUCAUUGGCAACAAAGCUUGAUUCAUCACAGUAGAGAAUAUAUGUUUUCAUGUUAUUACUUUUCAUAUGAUAUUUUACGGAAGUCAUUUACUCGUUUUGUAUCGUUAAUUGAUGUCAUCAGUUCCCAAAUCUUCUAAAGCUGAUUUAUAGUGCAUAUCGUUUUGUAUCUUUUCUUUGUUUUGUUUUGUUGUCUUAUUUGUUGCUCUUUUAAGGGGUUUUUUUCAUCACCAUUAGAAGUUAGUUUCUAGUUCAGGGUGUAAUGGGGUAGACCUGUUGGUCUGGGAUCCUUCUUUUGGUGAUUUCCCCCCUCCUAUUCUCUAUUAAUAAAAUCAUUAUGCUUAUAACCAAAAAAGAGUUAUAUAUGAAGCA